UUUCUUCUUUUUUUUUAUCUGCCUUUUAACAGAUAAAUAAAACAGCAAUGCUAUUUAAUGAGCUGUGAGAUGAAGAGCUGCUGCUAACAGUCUGAUUUCAAGAUUCAACUGUUAUCCAUUGUGCUUGAUGCACAUGUUUCUACACAUUGCAUUUAGGAAACACAAGAAGAGAAUCCAAAACGGCUGCGGGGGAACAAUCGCCAAACAUGCCUACAGAAACACUACAGACAGGUAGCAUGGGCAAACCUGUAAGCCCAGCAGUGGCUUUUACAUGUGCUGUCCCACUCCGAAUAUUGAACAAAGGACCUGAUUAUUUCCGCAGGCAGUCAGAGCCUAAUCCCAAGAGACUCAGCGCAGUGGAAAGACUAGAAGCUGAUAAGGCAAAGUAUGUCAAAAGCCAAGAGGUUAUCAAUGCCAAACAAGAACCCGUGAAGCCAGCUGUACUUUCAAAACCUCCUGUAUGCCCCGGAGCUAAAAGAGCUUUGGCCAGCCCAACUCUGAAGAUGUUUAACAACAAUUCAAAAAACGAAAGCUGUGCACAAAGAGAGACUUUAAAGCUUGAGAUCCUUAAAAACAUUAUCAACAGCUCUGAAGGCUCUAGUACAGUUUCUGUGCACAAGCAAACUUCUCGGAACUGGCCUCCAAAUCGGUCAGACUCCGCUGACCAAAACCGACAUUCAUUUGCAGAGUCUUUAAAGGUCUACCCUACACAGAGUCAUGGAAGCCCUCAAGAUACCAACUCCAACAUCAGCAGAAGGCUUCUUGACAAAUCAGUUGAUACUUUUUUACAUGUUUCUCAUAGCUCUUCAGACAUUAGGAAAGUUAAUGUGAAGCAGAUAAAAGCGAUACCAUGCAGCAGUUCAGCACCACCAUUGCCCCCAAAACCCAAACUUGCAACUCUCACCACCCUCAAGUCACCGGACAAUGACAAUAUGGAACCCACCUCCGGUGUCAUGCGAAGGCCAUCACUCCAACGAUCAAAAUCUGACUUGAGCGACAGAUAUUUUCGUGUGGAUGCAGAUGUAGAGAGGUUUUUUAAUUACUGUGGACUGGAUCCUGAAGAGCUUGAAAACCUCGGGAUGGAAAAUUUUGCAAGGGCUAAUUCUGAUAUAAUUUCUCUAAACUUUCGCAGUGCAAGCAUGAUCAGCUCAGACUGUGAACAGUCUCAGGACAGCAACAGUGACCUUAGAGAUGACAGUGCCAAUGAUCGUGUGCCGUACGGUAUUUCUGCCAUAGAGAGAAAUGCCAGGAUUAUCAAAUGGUUAUAUAGCAUUAAGCAAGCUAGGGAUUCACAGAAGGUAUCCCAUGUGUGAGAGUGAACCAGUGGCAAACCCACGAGAAUCCAUCAUGUAUGUGAAUUUUCAGUUGUAAAGGGUUGUCAAGUCUACUUGAAGUCUUGUAAACUUUUCAAUCUGCUCUCUGUUGCUUGUUGUGCAAUGUUUUCAAGUUGCAUGCUUGUCAACAUGUGAAAUGACCUGGCUUUCACUUGAACAAAUCCUACAAAGCCUAGUAGUAUCUACUCACUACCUGCCAAAUGUUUAAGACCACAUGUCAGAAUUGAAUAGCUUUGUUUUAAAAUGUGCCUGUCUUGUAUACAUGCCUAUGUGGCAGCCACGUCGUGGGUUCACCCAUUAUACCAUAUAAGAAAUAGAUGUGACAAGAAAAUGUUUGGCAUGACUAAAGGAUAAAGCUUUUGGUGCCUUGUGUUUUGGAAAUGUCAAAACUUUCUUAGCGAAUUGAUUGGUUGUAUUCUCUUGGAGGAUUGUCCCACCCACAAAAUGGCUUCAUUUUUUGUGUGUACGAGAUGGGAUCACUUCAGUGUUACUGUGCACUGUUUACAUGAUUAUGAAGGGUAGAAAAUGUACUUAACAUGCAUAUGUCUUAUUGUGUUUUGUAUACA